GAGCCUUACCCUCGUCCCUUCCCGAUUCUGCGCAGCAUUUCGACCUUGACAGCCACCGAAUUCGGAAAACCCACUGUCUUGAGCUAGGGCAAAGCGCUCUGACCUAACGACACAAAGUAGAUCCGUCCUCGAUUGCGACUUGACGCUCACUUUGUUUGACGACGACCGCUUUUGUUCGAGAGACGUUGGGCAUUUGCAAGGCUAUACCAAGCCGAAGCCGGCAUCAACUUAGGCAUAACAGACCUUGAAGACUGAGAACAAGGGAAAUCGGGGUCUUUAGGUAGCGGGUAGCCAGGGGCUCUACUCGCGGAAAGAGGCAACGAAGAUAAAUAUUCUUGCUACUUCGGGGGUGCUGGCAGAGAAGACCACAAAGAAGGACGUGUAGGGCCUUUUGGUAGAUCUGGCAGAGCUGGCAGUAAACACUCCCAAGUGAAAGACUCUUCUGUUGAAGGUUCACCGUCCGUCACAAUGGUUGGGAAGAAAUCGGGGAGGGCUCUGAUGAGAGAGGAAGGUCUCGAGCGGACGGACAACAACAUGGAAACCACAUCCUGGCCGCAGGUUGCCCCGAUCAACCAGAAAAACUACUACACAGAGUUCAUGAAGCGCGAAGAUCAAUAUCUCGCCUUCCGAACCCAGGAGGAAGAAGCCCGAAAUCGCAUGAUCCAAGAAGCGAGAGAUAAAGAUCGCGCACUAGCGCUAGGAGUCCAAGCACAAGGACUCGUGGCCGUCAAUGAAGAGGGUGUGGCGGAAGAGACCACAGCUUCAGUUGCGACGAAAGAAGCGUACCUCUCAAAGCUCAUUAUCCUACACCCUGGCAGCCAGAAUCUGAGGAUAGGUUUGGGUACCGAUGCCUUACCCAAGACCGUUCCAAUGGCUAUCGCACGAAAAUGGAAGGAGAACGAAGCAGAGGAGGACGGGGGAGAGCCUAGCCCAAAACGCCUAAAGGUCGACGGAGUGGUUCCUGCAUCUGCAUAUCCGGAGAAGUGGUUUGGUGAAGAUUUUGCCAAUCAAUAUCAAGCGAUGUGCUCGGAAUUGCGGACCAGGAUGCGUCACAACAAGCGCAGAGUCCUUCCAAAUUCCAAGGAGCUAGUUAUCAACUUCAAUCGACGCACUCCUCACGAAGAGAUUUCGGAACACAACGACGUGAAUAGGAUCGAGUGGACGGAAUUGCCGCCGAAUCCAAAGCAGGCACCCGAAUUUUUAACUGGGCAAGCGGCGCUUCGAAUACCCGAGGCAUCAAAUCCUCGAUACAAGUUGUUCUGGCCCAUACGAAAUGGCGCCCUCAACGAGAAAGACUACCGUGAUCGAAAUCAAAUCUACCACGACAUUUCUAAGAUUUACGAGGAGGCUUUCAAACGGGAGCUUGGAAUCACGAGGCUAAAGGAUCUGGCCAACUACAAGUGUGUCUUCCUGAUACCUGACCUUUAUGAGCGUAAAUAUGUGGAAAUGAUGCUGGACAUCUUGAUUCGGGAUCUAGGGGUAGGCAAAGUGUGUCUACAGCAAGAGAGCCUUUCAGCUACUUUUGGCGCGGGGUAUUCAAUUUCUUGCAUUGUCGAUAUUGGAGCUCAGAAGACGUCGAUAUGCUGCGUUGACGAAGGUCUUUGCAUUGAGGAGUCACGCAUCAAUAUUAAAAUCGGUGGAGCGGACGUGUCGGAAACCUUCAUCAAGAUGAUGCUCUACGAUCACUUUCCGUACGCGGAGAUAAACCUGAAACGCCGGUACGACUUUUUGCUGGCGGAAGAGCUGAAGCAGAAGUACUGCUCCAUGGACGAGGCUGAUGUUACCGUAAAGCCGGCAGAGUUCCACUUACGGGCUUCGGGACAGGAUACAAGACUUUAUCAUUUCAAGACCUACGAUGAGACUAUGCUCUCGGUCAUGGGUCUGUUUAAACCCUCAAUUUUCGACCAAUCUAGCAAGUUAGAGGGCCGAAGGAAGGUCAUACCUCGCUCUGUUGACCUUUAUGACGGAUCCCCAAACGACCCUAUAUCAUCCGCUCAAUUAGCUGUCAUUGAAGCAGUGGGAGGAAAAUCUACCUCCGUAAAUAGCACACAGGAUUCAUCGUCCAAUUCUAUUGCCCUCAAUUCGACGCCAAACCGCUCACAGCAAUUCAAUCUUCUGAGCCGCCUGAAAGACGAGGCUGAACUUACGCCUCGAUCAUCUGUAGCAGGAUCACCAGGGCCGGAGGGUACCCCAAAUCCGGACCGAGACACCCCCGUAGGAGAUUCUGACCAGGCUUUGAUCUUCCGUGACCCGGUCCUAGAAAAAACGAAGCAAGCCGAAGAGCGCGACAAAGUUGUACCGAUCAUGCCUUUGGACCAUGCCAUUCUAGAAAGCCUUUCGCAGGGCGCCCGAGGUGAUGACCGCAAGCUUCGAGAUUUGUUUGGAGGGAUCAUGCUUGUCGGAGGCGGCAGUAAGACACCUGCGCUUCUUACUUUCCUCGAGACUCGGCUUAGGGAGUUGAGGCCUUUCUAUGGGAAGGAGAUAUUAGUCGGGCCUCCACCAAGGGAGUUUGACCCGCAGGUUGUGGCGUGGAAAGGUGGAAGCGUUUUUGGGAGGCUGUCUCCAAGCGGCAAUGACAGCUGGGUCAAUCAGGAUGAGUACGAAAAGCUCGGAGCCAGGAUACUUGUUCAUAAGUGCAUGUUUCCGUGGUAGCCAGCGCCUUCUCAUAGUGGGGAUUCUAAGUACGACAGUGGUUAGGUGGAGGAAGGGCAGGGUAAAGUGAACCUUCUUGGGCAUGGCAUACCGAACAUCUGUGUUAGAGCACUUCAGUGAAAUAUAUAUGAG